AUGUCUCAACCAACAACCACCACCGAUCUCGUCAAGCGUCUGCAAGACACGGCAAUAAGAGAAGAGGAGCGAAUCGCUCUGGAUGCACUCGCCACGGAGAUGGUCCAAGUGCUUCGCGAAGAGAAACUUGUGCGCCUGGGACACGAAGCCGCCGCGCUGGCCGUUGUGGCAAGCCCAGAGAGCUACAGGGACCUGCUCUGGGCAUUCGCCAAUGCCAUCACAGAGGGCACCGCCGACGGCAAUGUGCUGGACCCGUUUCUCUGCAAAACGUUUGUGCGCGUCCUGCGAUGCUCCAUCCCGCGCGACUUAGCUGGCCGUACGAGCACCACAGUCGACAGUCGACUCGGCACCGUCCUUGUCAGCCUCAAACGGCGCCUGGAGUCCGCUGUGGCACAAGGUGACCCAAAUGCAGAAUACCAGUUGGUGUCGACACUGGGAAGCGUGCUGCAUGCCAUGUACGACGUCCAGAUGGUCGGCAUUGACCGCGAAACGGUGCAAAAGCCACUUCUCGAUACGCUGGACACGCUGAGCUAA